UGUAUGCACAGCACCCAGGGCCACACAACUCACUGAGGAGCGCCCAGCCUUUCUGAAGCCCCAGCAACCGCUUUAACACCUACCAAAAUGCCUAAAAGUGUUUCAAUAUCUAAACAACUGGCUUCAAUAAAAGCUUUGAAGAAAGGCUCAGAUCUCGAAAAAGCCAUUGCUACUGUCGCUCUGAUUUUCAGAAACUCUUCCGACCCUGAUGGUAAACUUGGGAAAGCCACUGCCAAGAAUCUGCUACAAACCCAAUUUAGGAAUUUCACAGAGGGAGAAGAAAGCAAGCCAAAGUACCAAGACAUCCUUUCUGAGCUGGAUGAACACGCAGAAAACAAGCUGGAUUUCGAGGACUUCGUGAUCCUGCUCCUGAGCCUUGCCAUCGUGUCGGAUCUGCUACAAAAUAUAUUGAGUGUGAAAAUUACAAAAUGAACAACUGUAAAUAUGUGAAUGGACAAAGUAAUCACAAAAGCAAGUGCCACAUGACAAGAUGUUCCUUUCAGAUAUGUAAUGAAUGUGGGAUGAUUCACACUGGUGACAUUCACUCAGUGUAACUCCAAACAUUUCAACACUUCUUAGAAAUGCCCAAAUAAUAUAAUUUUCAACAUGAUAAGUUAAUUGAUUGCCAUUUUUGAUGAGUGAGUAGUAACUUAGAGAUUUUUUUGUACUGAAUGUAGAAUCAUUCAUUCAUUGAUCAUACAAUGGUAUUUGUGAGCAUUUACUUAGUAACAUUGUUAAAAAUACAGUAACAAAUGGCCAGAUAACCUCUUCCCUUGCUCAUGUUUACAUAAUUCCAGAAGAACUAGAUAUACAACAAUAAUUUGUGUGUGUGUGUGUGUGUGUGUGUUUGUGUGUGUACUUGUGUGAAGGCAACUGUACAUAUACAUAUGGAAAUCAGAAGCCACUCUCCAAUGAUGUUCCCCAAGUGCUGUCUACCUUGAUUUUUUAGCUUUCGCUGGCCUGGGGCUCACUGGGAGGCUCGACUUGGCUGGCUGUUCAGUGAUUCCCCAGUGCUGAGAUUCCCCACCACCUUGGCUUUUGUAGGUGGGUCCAGGGAUCAAACUCAGACCUCAUGCUUGUCUGGCUAGUGCUUCACCAAUGAACCAUUUUCCCAGCUCUGAACAACUAGUUAAUUGGUUUAAAACACAUGAUAAUUAUAAAUAAGGUAAGGCUUACACAAUGCUAGCAGAGUUUAUUACGAGAUCUAUCUUCAAAGAUCAGACCCUUCCUGAUCUAUAAAAGAAAAAAAAAAUCAGACCUUCCUGACCUAUAAGAAAAAAAGAAAUGCUGAGUGGUUCCCAGGAUCUGAGUUAGAACUGAGACUGUUUACAAACAGACACAUGGGAGAUUUUAAAUGGAAGGCAGCAGCCCCUAUCUUGCUGGUGGUGGUGGUAGUUAUAUGAAUGAAUAAAUGCAUUUGUCAAACUCUUAAAACUUUACACUAAAGUGGAUGAAGUACAUUGUAUGAGAUUGUGAAUUAUGGCUAAAUAAACAUGACUUGCAAAAACCUA